AUGUUCCACCCUGAUGACAUCGACAAUAUGACCCGUGGCAAAAUGGAGUCGGGUCUAGAGAUGGGACGAGAUCAGCAGACAGAGGCGCCUGUAGUGGCGGGGAAGACUGGAAUGGCGGGGGAGUCUGGAGUGGCGGGCGAGGGUGGAGCGGUGGGGGAGCCUAGGGUGGCGGGGAAGCCUGGAGCGGCGGGGGAGCCCGGAGUGGCAGGGGAGCCUGGAGUGGCGGGGGAGCCUAGAGUGGCUGUCGAGCUAGAGUGGCCGGGGAGCAUGGAGUGGCGGGGGAGAGUGGCAGGGGAGCCUGGAGUGGCGGGGGAGCCUGGAGUGGCGGGGGAGCCUGGAGUGGCGGGGGAGCCUGGAGUGGCGGGGGAGCCUGGAGUGGCUGGGAAUGCUGUUGUGAGUCGUACCCCGAGGUGGCAGGAGAGAAAUACUGGAAAGCGGAAACGUGCUGAUGAGGGGUGUAGCGGUGAUGACGCGGAGGGUGUAGAGGUGGAUGUGUCUGUUGGUCAGCGAUUCUGCAUUCAUUUCCACCAUUGCAUGAUGCGCGCUGUAACCAAGGCAGAAGCAUGCCACCCAAUGACUCCUUAG